CCAAUCCCCAUGUCCCCUUGUCCCCAUGUCCCCUUGUCCCAGUGUCCCCCUGUCCCCCUGUCCCAUUGCCCCCAUUGUCCCCCUGCCCCCGUGUCCCAUUGCCCCCAUGUCCCCUGUCCCAUCCCCAUGUCCCCCUGCCCCCAUCCCCCAUCCCAUUGCCCCCCCAUGUCCCCGUGUCCCCUGUCCCCAUGUCCCUGUCCCCAUGUCCCCCUGCCCCCCAUCCCAUUGCCCCCCAUGUCCCCAAGUCCCUGUCCCAUUGUCCCCCCCCGCCCCUUUCCUCCCCCGCGCUCGGCGGGAGCCAAUCAGCGGCCGGGGGGGGCGGGGUCGGGCGCGGCCGAGCUGGGGCGGGCGGAGGUGGCGCGAGAAGGUGACAGCGGUGGUGACAUCGGGCCCUGCCAUGCUCCUGUCCCUCUGCACGGCGCUGCUGGCACCCACGCGGGCGCUGCUGGCCCUGCAGCGCUUGGUGGCCCGGCUGGCGGUGGCGGCGGCGGUGGCAGCGGCCGGGGUCGUCUACGGCUCUGGGGUCUUGGGGUGCUCCUGCGGUGGGGGCCCCGGAGGGCCCUGCGGUGGCGGGUGCGGGCAGAGCCCCCCCCAGGGCUGGCGGAUGGCACCUACGGGGAGCACAGGCACCUGCGGCUCAAGAAUUCAGGGCUGCGGCUCCACUACGUCGCCCGGGGCCCCCCCACGGCCCCCUUGCUGCUGCUGCUGCACGGCUUCCCCCAAAACUGGUUCUGCUGGCGUCACCAGCUGCUGGAGUUCAGCACCCGGUACCGGGUGGUGGCCCUGGACCUGCGGGGCUGCGGAGCAUCCGAGAAGCCACCGGGCAAGGAGAGCUACCGGACCGAGGUCCUCCUCGAGGACGUCCGCGAGGUCAUCGAGGUGCUGGGGACACCCGAGGGCCACGCGGGUGCCACCUCCGGGCACCCCAAGUGCGUCCUGGUGGGGCACGACUGGGGCGGCGUCUUGGCCUGGGAGCUGGCCGCCGGCCACCCCGACCUGGUGGAGAAGUUGGUGAUCAUCGACGCGAGUCACCGCGCCGUCUUCGCCA